CCUAUAUACCAACUUCCUGCACAAUAAUUAUUCAAUCUCCACAAAGAUGCUGAGAAUAUUCGUAGCCAUGAAAAGAAGCUUCUUCAACUCCAACAAGAACACCUCCCGCGUUGCUGACGAGAAUUUUGCCACCGCCGCCGUGGAUACAAGAUCGCCGUCGCGGUGGAACAAUGGGGUUUCUUUCUUCUGUGGGGUUCUCCGAGCUCCGUUCUCUCUGCUCUCGUGCCUAUCGCACCCUCCUAGUAUAAACGGCCCUGAUGGGGUCUGGGUGUCGGCGGAGUUGCCGCAAACCUCGGAGGUCACUCAUCUCAUGGUUCGGGACAGUUUGCGGUACGCCAUUCUCAUGUGAAAUAAACUAGUGCACAUAACGUGUUUGAUGAAAUGCACAGUAUGUUUUUAGUUUAAGCUCAAGGUUUUGUUUUUCCUUUUUUAUUUUCCUCCUCUGUUUGUUAUUCUUAGUUUACUAGUUUGUAUAUUUCGUGGAAAUUAGAAAAAAAAACAGUACUACUACAUUUUCUUGUUCUGGUUUUACUGUUAUUGGUCAUAUUUAUUACCAAUAAAUAUAAUUGAUGAUGGAAGGUAAUGUGUAUUGAACCAUAA